AUGAUCACCAGUAACUGUUCCAAAAGGUUGAGAUUAUCUAACAAUUAAUAACCUCUUAUUAUCUUCACUUCUAGUUCUACNCCAUUUCAAAUAAUAAAUCAAUUUGAUAAUUAGCAAUUAAUUUCUAGUUGUGAAUGUUUAGAUUGUGGUGGCAAAGUGAAGAAAAAAAUUUUAAUUUGCAAAAAAGAAUUACUUGACUCACCUCAAUCUAAUACUAAAACUAGAUUUCCAGCUUCACCUUAAUUAUCUAUUUAACCAUAAAAUAUGAGACCAUCAAAUAGAGAUUUAAGUUUAAUUGGAUCUUCUGCUCAUUUUAGUAUGAUUUUAAUUAAUUUUUAUGUGAAAAGCAUUCUAAAUAGUCCAUUUAAAAAAGUAAUCGUGUAUCCAUUCUACCAGUAAUACAAUUGAUUU